AGUAUCCCCAUUCACAAUCACGUGCGCCAAUUAUACGUACCAGAAUAACGAUUUUUUCAACUGUAUACACGAGAUUUCUUCCUUAUGAUAUCUAUAUAGGUUUAACAUUCGCCGGCGAAAUGAAAUCUGCUGAUUGAGGUGUGAACUUCCUGGCUACUUCUCACCUGUGUACGGGAAACUGUAAUGUGUUUCACAACACCAAAGAAUCUCAGCGUGAAAUGUUUGCUCAAGGUUGAUGACAGCCGAAGUAAUGUCUCCAUCAACAACAGUCUUAUCGACAAACGAAACAGCAACAACAACAACAGGAACAACAAUAACAACAACAACAACAACAACAACACCAAAUACCCCGGCACAUCACGGGCUUCCAGAGGAAGACGUCGAAAUCAUCAUCAUCGUCAUUUGUAUCGUGGCUGCCAUUGCUCUCUCUGUUCUUAUUUAUACACUAUACAAGAAAUUAAGAUACUCAAAAUCGUGUGUGAGGUUGAAGAAUUUAACUAGACGAAGAUCCUCCACAACUGGAAGUCAUCAUCCACUGGAGCCUGAUGAAGUGGAAGAUCUCCCGCCCCCGAGAACUGAACGAGAGUUGUUCUCUAUUGGUGACAAUGACGACAUUGAUACACGAUUAGGUGGAGCAGCGCCAGACGAUGGAUAUUUCUUUGAUGAAAUUUAUGAGAAAUCAGCAUUUGUUGACGAAGUCACGAACUCUUCAUUAAAAGAACUUAGAAUUCCAACAGAAAAUGACAAUGUACCAGAUUUAUUAUUUAGGUCACCUCGGUAAUGAUCGGCAUAAUUUUUCUUUUUUUUUUUUUUUAAAUUAACCCAUAUAAUACAAUGCAUCUUUCACAAAACUGCUCAUUAAUUAAUUUUGCUGUAUCAUUUGGAUUCAGACUAAACCCAUUUUUGUUAUGCAUGUAUUGAAGUUUUUAAUUGGACUGAGCAGCAGGCACACAUAGCUGCAAAAAGAAGUGUUUAAACUUUCAACUCUUUUUUACUAUCAUGGAUUUGUCAUCAGCGCACUUAAAACAAGUUGCAUAUAGAUUAUAGAUAGGCCUGGCCGCCCAAUCUUAACCAUGGGUCUGUGGGCUGUGAAUUUUAUACAUUUAGUAGAGGACUGUUUAUUGCAUUCGUAGAGAAACAUUGCCUUUUAUCCAUGAAAAAAGAAA